AUGGCUAAUUAUACCCCGAAGAAUAUCCUCAUUACUGGGGCGGCUGGGUUCAUUGCAUCCCAUGUCGCUAACCGCCUCAUUCGUAAUUACCCUGAAUACAAGAUAGUUGUGCUCGACAAACUCGACUAUUGCUCCAACCUGAAAAACCUGAGUCCUUCACAAUCAUCCCCCAACUUCAAGUUUGUGAAGGGAGACAUCGGAAGUGCUGACCUUGUGAACUACCUUCUCAUCACGGAGUCUAUUGACACCAUAAUGCAUUUUGCUGCUCAGACCCACGUCGACAAUUCCUUUGGCAACAGCUUUGAGUUUACCAAGAAUAAUAUUUAUGGUACUCAUGUCCUCUUAGAAGCCUGUAAGGUGACAGGGCAGAUCAGGAGAUUCAUCCACGUGAGCACUGAUGAAGUUUAUGGAGAAACGGAUGAGGAUGCGGCGGUAGGAAAUCAUGAGGCAUCUCAACUCCUCCCCACAAAUCCUUACUCAGCAACAAAGGCUGGAGCGGAGAUGCUUGUCAUGGCAUAUGGCAGGUCAUAUGGGUUACCUGUCAUAACGACCCGUGGGAACAAUGUUUAUGGGCCAAAUCAAUUUCCUGAAAAGUUGAUCCCAAAGUUUAUCCUUUUGGCUAUGAGAGGGAAGCCUCUUCCCAUUCAUGGAGAUGGAUCCAACGUCCGUAGUUACCUCUACUGUGAGGAUGUUGCUGAGGCUUUUGAGGUAGUUCUUCACAAGGGUGAGGUUGGUCAUGUCUACAACAUCGGCACGAAGAAGGAAAGAAGAGUAAUUGAUGUGGCUAGGGACGUAUGCAAACUUUUCUCCAUGGACUCAGAAACCAGCAUUAAGUUCGUAGAGAAUAGGCCAUUUAAUGAUCAGAGGUACUUUUUGGAUGAUCAGAAGCUGAAGAACAUAGGCUGGUCAGAGCGGACUACGUGGGAAGAGGGGCUGAAGAAGACUAUGGACUGGUACAUUAAUAAUCCUGAUUGGUGGGGUGAUGUUUCUGGAGCGCUUCUCCCUCAUCCAAGGAUGCUGAUGAUGCCGGGUGGUAUUGAAAGGCAUUUUGAUGAUUCCGAAGGAGGCGAAUCUCCAUCAAACGUCCCCACAGCUUCUAAUCAGUCCAAGAUGGUUGUUCCACCUUCAAAAAAUGCGACUUCAGCCAAGAAACCUUCCUUGAAGUUCCUGAUAUAUGGUAAGACCGGUUGGAUUGGAGGUCUACUUGGGAGGCUAUGCGAGAAUGAAGGAAUCCCAUUUGAGUAUGGAAAAGGGCGCCUUGAGGAGCGGUCACAGCUUGUGGCAGACAUACAGAAUGUUAAACCCACCCAUGUUUUCAAUGCUGCUGGUGUAACUGGUAGGCCGAAUGUUGAUUGGUGCGAAUCCCAUAAGACCGAAACCAUCCGCACCAAUGUUGCUGGAACCUUGACUCUGGCAGAUGUCUGUAGGGAGCAUGGGCUUUUGAUGAUGAAUUAUGCCACAGGCUGUAUAUUUGAGUAUGAUGCUGCACACCCAGAGGGCUCGGGCAUUGGCUAUAAGGAGGAAGACAAACCCAAUUUUACUGGCUCCUUCUAUUCCAAGACAAAGGCCAUGGUUGAAGAGCUUUUGAAGGAAUACGACAACGUUUGCACACUCAGAGUCCGUAUGCCAAUAUCCUCUGACCUCAACAACCCCCGCAAUUUCAUUACCAAGAUUUCGCGCUAUAGCAAGGUGGUUAACAUUCCGAAUAGUAUGACCAUUUUGGAUGAGCUGCUUCCCAUCUCAAUUGAGAUGGCAAAGCGGAACUUGAGGGGAAUAUGGAACUUCACAAAUCCUGGAGUCGUGAGCCAUAAUGAGAUUUUGGAGAUGUACAAGCAGUAUAUUGAUCCCCAAUUCAAGUGGAUGAACUUUACAUUGGAAGAGCAAGCGAAAGUGAUUGUUGCCCCCCGAAGCAAUAACGAGAUGGAUGCUACUAAGUUGAAGAAAGAGUUUCCAGAUUUGCUACCAAUCAAGGAGUCACUGAUCAAGUACGUGUUUGAACCGAACAGGAAGAACUAAGCAGAUGACUGGUUUUCGGCAGUGGUCGUCUCGUUCAGUAUGUGCCCAUUGCUUGAGGUUUUGUAGUUGGAUUACAAACGCCAUUCCUUCCAUAUUCAUCCGAUUGUUUCUACGGUUGUCCCCGAGGAACGAGGAUAGUUCUGCUAGUGAUUCAAUUUGUAAUUUUUACAAGCUGGCUAGUACGUUUUCUCCAGUCCUUUCUUUUGGGCUGGCUAUUUGAUUCUUUUAGUCCCUAUGUCAUCUUAUUCUUGGAUGACAUGAUAUUUAUUUUUCUACUCUAUGAGAACUAAUAAUUAUUUUUGACAUGUUAUAAUUUUAUAAGAUAGCCUCUGUCCGUA